AGUUCAAGAUUCAUAAUAUAUCAAUUCCAUAUUAUUCUGGCUUCUCUACAUUAAAAAAUAUUCAUUUGGUGAUUAAAAGGAAGGAAAAGUUGUGAAAAUGGUAAGACCUUUGAAAAAAGCUGGUUGCAUGGAACUUCGCACCGCUGGUUUUAUUAUUGGCUGGCUAGGAGUGAUUGGAAGCGUUUUGCUUUUUUGCAUAGCGGCUGUUACUUUGGAAGAAGCCGAUGAGGUAGCUGAUUAUCUGGCAGCAGAAAAUGGCAAAGUUGCAAAAUCACCUGACCAACUCAAAGCUGCUGUUUUCGUAUUCGGCGGUAUCCUCAUGGGUGCUUGCAUCUUGGGUGCUGUGAUAUCAGGCUUACUCAUACACGGAAUAAAGCAGAACCGACAUUCUAUGUUGCUGCCCUGGUUGGUGAUAAGUACUUUUAGCCUUGUACUCAGCUAUUUCGAAUUGUUGGGAGCCUUGAUUGACUUUGUUGCUGGUUCACACAGCUUUCCACUCUUCUUCUACCAAGUUAUUUCUACCGGUCUGAACAGCUACUUUUAUUAUGUAAUAUACUCACUGUACAUGCAAAUCAAAAUGGAAACCGGAAAGGGUCGCGUAUUAACUCCGGCACAAGCAGCAGCAGUACCAUUGCAACCUGCAUAUUCUAACUAUGAAAAAGUCUGAGUUCGGGAGAAUUCCGUCUUUGCUAUGCAUGUAUGGGAGCUACCCAAUAGCAAUUCACGUCACCAUAAAAGGAUGCCAAAUUCCAGAAUAUAUACUAUUGAUGUUUAUUUACACUUCCAAUAUCUAUUUGCAUUUACUUUCGCCAAAUUCGCGUUUAUUCAACGCUUCUUAGCUUUUUUAAAACUUAACAACUAACUAAAACAGUACAUAAAAGGAUGCCAAAUACCAGAAUAUAUACUAUUGAUGUUUAUUUACAAUUCCAAUAUCUAUAUUAUAAGACAAGUUGCCUUUACUUACGCCAAAUUCGCGUUUAUUCAAAGCUUUUUUAAAACUUAAAACCUAACUAAAACAAAUAAUAAAAAUACUCAAGAUGUUCCUUGCCAACAACUAUUUUCCCAAUAAAUAAUAUUAGUUAAUAAAUUGAAU